AUUUUCAGUUCAUUCUGCUGUGUGAUUUGACUAGACAGAGAAAGAGAGAUUAAGAGAGAGAGAAAUCUGAAGUAAAGAGAGAUGACGAUUGGAGUAAUGGAGGUGAACCUGGUGGAUGCUCAUGGUCUCAAAAAAUCCGAUCUCCUAAACAACAUAGAUCCAUAUGUGUUGGUGCAAUACAGGAGUCAAGAGUACAAAAGCUUAAUAGCCAAAGGGAGUGGCAGCAACCCAAAAUGGAACCAAAAAUUCACAUUCAGGGUCGAAUAUCCAGGAGCAGACGAUCAACCUAAGCUUGUUCUCAAGAUUAUAGACCAUGACACCUUCUCAUCUGAUGACUACCUCGGACAAACAACGAUAUACUUGAAAGAACUGUUCGAAUCUGGAGUGGAGAGUGGAACUUCUGAACUUCGUCUUCAAAAGUAUCGUGUUGUGGAUAGUAGUAGCCAUAGCUUCUCUGGAGACAUUCGAGUGGGUGUCACUUUUACCCCAAGGGUGGAAACAGAAUUUUAUUCACAAGAUUUCGGAGGAUGGAAAGAGAGCCAACGGUAGUUUGUGGAUUUUGCCUUGAAUUUGUAUUUACUAUUUAGAUUUUCCAGGUGCUCAAUAUUUGUAUUUUAGAUGACCGAAAUCAUGUAAAUCGUAUCUAGUUUUUUUAAUUUAAUAUUGUUGUGGAAAUGUUUAUAAAACAAUUUUUUUCGUAAACUUCAUAUUUUUGUUUUAAGUUAUAUUUAACUGUAGCAGGUGCAUCAUUUUCAUGUAACAUGUAACAUUUUAUAGGGUAAUUAAAAGAAUCCGGUUACAUAAAAAGUUUACCUAGUAAAAGUGACUCGUCUGAGCACCAGGAAUUGGUGCGUGGGUCGCAUAGAUUUGAUUUCAUAUUUCUCUUUUAUUCUCCUAUUUUGAUGUUCGUUUCCACCUUCUUUUUGAUUUAGACUUCUAAUGAUUUCUUUCUGUGCUC